GCUCAUCACUAAUUUUUAUAACCUCAAAUAUAAUUAUUUCGUAAUGUCUGUAUUAUUUGUGUAAAAACAGCAAAAUGAAUGGACGAUUGUUGAUUCGAUCGUUUUAUAAUAAUUUCGCUAAAUCUACUCAUUUUCAGAGUAAUGCACCUUCCUGCACUAGACUUUUUAUAGGAGUUUUAGUGAAAGAUUUCUCAACGAAAACCCAAAGUGCAUUUGUGGAGAAAAAACAUUGUAAUAUAGGUACAAUAGGUCAUGUUGACCAUGGAAAGACUACUCUGACUGCGGCUAUAACGAAAGUGUUGGCUAACGAUGGCUUAGCCAAGUUUGUUUCAUACGACGAAAUCGACAGGGCACCUGAAGAGAGAUCAAGAGGUAUCACAAUAAACGCUGCCCAUGUUGGCUAUAGUACUAAAGUGAGACAUUAUGCACAUACAGACUGCCCAGGUCAUGCAGAUUACAUAAGGAAUAUGAUUUCUGGUGCAUCUCAAAUGGAUGCAGCAAUCUUGGUAGUAGCAGCCAAUGAUGGCCCUAUGCCGCAGACUAGAGAACACCUCUUGUUGGCUAAACAAGUGGGAAUAAAAUAUAUUUUGGUUUACAUAAACAAAGCUGACAUUGUAGAUAAUGAGCUACUAGAAUUGGUGGAAAUAGAAAUGAGAGAGUUAUUGUCAGAUUUUGGUUAUGAUGGAAAUACAGUGCCUAUGAUCUGUGGCUCUGCUCUGAAAGCGUUGAAUGGAGAUGAAUCUGAAUUCGGUGCUCCAUCAAUAAGAAAGCUUUUGGAGACAAUGGAUGACUAUGUACCUCCCAUUGUACGAGAUUUGCAGUCUCCUUUUCUGAUGCCCAUAGACAAUGCUUUUACUGUACCUGGACGAGGAACAGUUGUUGUAGGAACCAUAAAGAGAGGUGUUAUGAAAAGAAAUGAUGAAGCCGAUCUAAUUGGAUUUGGGCACAAUAUCAAAACUACCUUAUCUGAUAUUCAGAUUUUCAAGAAAAGCGUUACUGAGGUGAGUUAUAAAAUAAUCAAAGUGACAUAAAAUUGUUCUUGCAUAAAGAAUGUAAUGAAAAAAUAAUAUAGCAAAAAUAUUUAUUGCUUAUGUUUAAAUUUAAUUUGUUCUAGGCCUUAGCAGGUGAUAAUGUAGGUGUUCUACUAAGGGGCAUGAAGAUAAAGUCUGUGGAAACUGGAAUGCUGCUUUGUGCAGCCAAAAGUUUCAAACUUAGCAACCAUUAUAAAGCAAAGAUAUACUUUCUCACAAGAAAUGAGGGUGGGCGGAAGAAACCAAUAUUCUCUAAGUAUUCACAGCAAAUGUUCAGUGGAACUUGGAAUAUAGCAUGUAGAAUUGAUUUGGAUCCAUCAUUACAUAUGAUGAUGCCUGGCGAUCAUGGAGAAGUUUAUCUGACUUUACUGGAAGGCAUGGUGAUGACUCAAGGUCAACCUUUCACGAUACGAGAGAACAAUGUAACUGUUGCCACUGGCAUUAUUACUGACACUCUUCCUUCUAUUGAAGUGCCUAAAGGGAGAUUAGGAAAAGUCGUUAUGAAGUAUGACGACUGAUU